GUCUUCAUAAUCAUCGACAACAUCUCACUUCGACAUUACUUAAACGAAUCGCUUAUCGGCAUGCCCGGCCUUCCAAACAGAGCAUCUGUGAAGGGAGAUUGGCGGACAGAUCAGUUUAUCGAGCUCGAUGCAUUGGUUGUCGGCGGUGGCUUCGGCGGCCUCUACACGCUGUAUAAACUUCGCCAGCUGGGUCUGGACGCAAAGAUUUUUGAAGCCGGCAAAGCUCUUGGUGGAGUCUGGCAUUGGAACAGGUAUCCUGGAGCACGCGUCGAUUCGGAAGUUCCUUAUUACCAGUUCACUGUCAGGGAAGUCUGGAAAGAUUGGAACUGGAGUGAGAGAUUCCCAGGUCACGAAGAGCUUCGACGAUACUUCGAACAUGCAGCAAAGACUCUUGAUCUGAAUGACCACAUCCAGUUUGAGACGAUUGUUGUCGAGUGCAACUUCGAUGAGACUAGCAAGCGUUGGUCGGUGAAGACUGCAUCUGGCAGAGAGGUUACCUGUCGAUACCUGAUCGUUGCUGCUGGCUCAUCGUACAAGAAACACUAUCCGGAGUUUCCAGGAAUCGAGGACUAUAAAGGUGUCUUGCUGCACUCAGCCGACUUUCCUGAAGAAGGUCACUACUUCAAGGGCGAGUCUACAGCUGUGAUUGGACAAGGCUCCACUGGAGUUCAGAUUGUCCAAGAAGUCGCCAAACAAGCUUCCGACCUGACUGUCUUCCUGCGCACUCCUAACAUUGCUCUACCAAUGAGGCAAAGACCCAUGUCUGCAGCAGAGCAGAACCAGUACAAAGCUAUUUACGAGACAAUCUUCGCAGCCACAAGAAAAUGCUUCUUCGGUGUCCCUUACUGGUCAGAUGGGAAAGCCUUGGAUGAAGUUUCCGAAGAGGAACGCAUGACUCGAUGGGAAGAACUCUGGGCCAGAGGAGCUUUCGCCUUCAACACUGCAAACUACAGAGAUUGCAUGUUCAACCAGAAGACCAAUGAUUUGAUGUAUGAAUUCUGGAGAAACAAGGUGUGUGCUCGAAUCAAGGAUCAAGCCAAAAAAGAUCUGGUCGCACCGGAGAAACCACCGCAUCCUCUUGGUACCAAGAGACCUAGUCUGGAGCAAGAUUACUACGAAUGCAUUGAUCAGGAUAAUGUGCAUCUGGUUGACUUGAAGAACAACGGCAUCAAGCGAUUUGUUGCCGAGGGAGUCGAGACAGAGGAUGGUAUUGUGCACAAGUUCGACACCGUUGUGCUUGCUACUGGCUAUGACGCUAUCACCGGCAGCUUUACUGGUAUGGGAUUGAAAGACAGACAGGGCGUUGAUCUCCGAGAGAGGUGGAAGGAGGGAGUGAAGACGCAUCUUGGAAUGACCGCACCAGGUCUUCCAAACAUGUUCAUGGUGUACAGUCCACAAGCGCCCACCGCAUUGUCAAACGGCACAACAACGAUAGAAGUACAAGGCGACCUGGUUGCAGAUAUGAUCAAGAAGAUGCACGAAGAAGGUAUCGAGACAAUUGAAGCACGCCCAGAAGCUGCGGACAAAUGGGCAGCCGACAUCCAAGAGAUGAACGAACAAACCUUGUUCCCCUUGACCAACUCGUGGUACAUGGGAGCCAACAUUCCAGGCAAGAAGAGGGAGCAAUUGAACUACUUGGCUGGCAUAGAGACGUACGAACGUGUUUGCAAAGAAGCAAUUGAGAGCUGGAGCGGAUUCGAAGUCACCAAGAAGGCCGAGGCUUGAUGUCGAAUCAUCCUGCUUGCAAAGAUCUACAUAGUACAAGACUUACUAUCUAAUUGUCUUCCAGUCCAAC